UUUUCUUAAUCGUCAUUUAAGUUAGACAUAUUUCAAAUGAUAGUUGUCAAAAAUGUUACGUGUUUUAAUAUUAGCUUUGAUGGUAUCCUCGGACUUUGUGUUAGCAAAGUUUAAUUUUACAAAUUAUAGUUUGUACAGAAUUCUACCUAAGAAUUUAGAACAUAUCAAGUUGUUGCAAGACUUAGAGCUAACUGACAAAUAUGAUUUUUGGAGUGAAGCGACACCAAAUGUGGAUUAUGUCUCCGUGUUAUCAAGCCCUGAAAACAAACUUGAAUUAGAAAAUGUUUUGAAGAGUAAUAAUAUUGGAUUUCAAAUAAGCUUGCCUAAUAUACAGGAUGUCAUCGAUAAAGAAGUAAUUAAGACUUACACUAGAAAUAACAUACGAAGCAUGGAAUGGAAUAAUUACUAUACUCUUGAAGGCAUCUACGGAUGGUUAGACGAUAUAGCCUAUAGGUACCCUUCAGUGGCCACCAUCAUCAGUGGAGGUUAUUCCUACGAAGGUCGUGAUAUAAAGGGAAUAAAAAUAUCUCAUGGCUCUGGAAGAAAAAUUAUAUUUAUCGAAGGUGGUAUACAUGCUAGAGAAUGGAUAUCUCCAGCUGUAGUGAACUAUAUUACAAAUGAACUAAUAACUAGCACUAAUGAAGAAACAACGGCCGCUGCUCGUGAUUUUGACUGGUACAUCUUCCCUGUUACUAAUCCUGAUGGUUACGUUUGGACUUAUAACCCAGAAGGGUAUAGAUUAUGGAGAAAGAACCGACAGCCUUAUGGCUCACAAUAUGGUGUUGAUCUCAACCGUAAUUGGAACAAUAACUGGCUUCAAUAUGGCGUCAGUGUGAACCCAGUGUCAAACGUCUUUGCCGGACCAGGACCAUUCUCAGAACCGGAGACGAGAUCACUCUCAGCAUACAUCAGGACAAUUGGCCACGACAUCAAACUAUACUUAUCGUUCCAUUCUUCUGGGCAACUGCUUCUGCUGCCUUAUGGGAACACUACGGAGCCUUUGGCUAACUAUUAUGAUGCGAUAAACAUCGGUAGGCGUGCCAUGGGAGCUCUCUCAGUUAGAUAUGGAACUCAAUACACGACGGGAAAUAUUGCUGAAGCAAUUUAUUUCGCCACUGUCGUGGACUGGGUGAAGGAUGAUCUCAACGUGCCACUAGCGUACUGCUAUGAGCUGAGAGACCGCGGUCAGUAUGGCCAUCUGCUACCAGCCGACCAGAUACUGCCUACAGGAGAAGAAACGAUGGACUCUAUUCUCGAGCUGAUCUAUCAGGCCCGGAGAUUUGGAUAUUUGAAUAAUUUACAGAAUAGCAAUGCUAAAUAUGAUUUCUGGACGGAUCCUGUGCCAACAGCUGACUACGUUUCUGUACUGUCAAGUCCUGGGGAUAAAGUUGAUUUGGAAAGCUUCUUGAAUGGGAACAAUAUCGGCUUUGAUGUGAUGAUGUCAAAUAUUCAAGAAGCAAUCGAAAAGGAAAGAGUAAACAGAUACACAAGAAAUAAUAUAAAGAGUAUGACUUGGAACGCUUACUAUGAACUUGACGAUAUUUAUUCCUGGAUGUACGAUUUAGCAGAAACUUACCCUGCAAUUGUAAAUGUAUUGAAUAGUGGAUCAUCAUAUGAAAAUAGAGAUAUUGUUGGGCUUAGAAUAUCUCACGGCGCUGGUAAAAGAGCUAUAUUCCUUGAAGGUGGUAUACAUUCGAGGGAAUGGAUAUCUCCUUCGACCGUUUGUUAUAUAAUUAGUGAAUUACUAACGAGUGACAAUGAGGAAAUACAAGCUAUUGCUCGUGAAUUUGACUGGUAUAUUUUCCCAGUUACUAACCCUGAUGGUUAUGUAUGGACACAUGACGAGUUCAGAAUGUGGCGAAAAAAUAGACCUUUCGGUGAUCAGGUUGGAGUAGAUCUAAAUCGUAAUUGGGAUAAUAAUUGGUUAGUCGCAGGAGCCAGUACAGACCCUGCAUCGGACACUUACGCCGGCCCUGCUCCAUUCUCGGAACCUGAGACCAAGUCUCUUUCCACCUUCAUCGCAAGCAUCGGCGAUAGGAUUGACAUGUAUCUGUCAUUUCACUCGUUCAGCCAACUGCUAAUGAUUCCCUUUGGGAACACUACGGAACCUGUGGCUAACUAUCAUGAUACUUUAAACAUCGGCAGGCGCGCUAUGGGAGCGUUGUCAGUGAGAUACGGAACACAAUACGUAACUGGAAAUAUAGCUGAAGCUAUUUACCAAGCUACAGGCGGCAGCGUAGACUGGGUGAAAGAACACCUCAAUGUUCCCUUAGUCUACUGUUACGAACUCCGGGACAGAGGUACCUACGGUUUCCUCCUCCCAGCUGGACAGAUCCUUCCGAAUAACCAGGAAGCUAUGGACUCUAUUAUAGAUCUUAUAUACCAGGCUAAGAGGUUUGGUUACAUGAGAAGCGGAGCUGGCGCUAAUAAAUAUUUAGGAUCUAUGGUCCUUGCAUUAUUGUUUUGCUUAGUACAGUUCUAAAAAAAAUGUUAACUAAAGAUAUGUUUUUUUUUUAAAUUCUAAUUUUAUUGUCAUAUAAUUGUAUUGUAAAUGUUUAAAAUAUUUUUUUUUUA